AUGUCAAUAAACGUGUGCAGUGUUGAUGAUGCGCAAAAGUCGGAGGGUCUGGCCAGCGGUAGAUUGAAAGAAAAUUUCUCCAUCGCCUUUUGGGAACUCACGUCAAACAACUCAGUCACUGCCAACACAUGGCAUGCUGAUUUCCAGAGGCUGUCGCUUCUCCACGUGGCUGGUCUGCCGAGAAUGCACAGUAUCUAUCUGGCUCUUCAGAUUGAACUCUCCGGGCAAAACAACGAUCUCCCCGUCUCGAGCACGAUAUAUCAGAAUCCUGCCCAUCUGUUUUCAUCAGGUUCUCAUUACGACGAGUCCCGCGACCUGCGACAUUUAUGCUUGUGGCUCAGCUUGCACAGAAGACUUGGGGCAGCCGAUAUAAAAGGCCUGGGUUGCAUUCCAGUUCAUCCGCACCAAGACACCAACCAGUGCUUGGUCCGAGGUUGGAAGACCCAGUAUGAAUACCUAGCUGCCAAUGUUAACAUUCGGAUCAAAUUGACCGAACCCGACCUGAAGGCAUCAGAAGCAUAUGAGGAAACCGGCCUCGGUGCCGUUGUCCCCCGAACCCGGGUGCAACCUGACCAACAAACAGGCGGCGUAACGCCGGAUCAUAACGUUCCAACGGGGAAAGGCUGGCGCUACCAAGAGUCUACUCAGUUGCUUUGCCUCGGAUGGCCAACCAUCAAGCCAGUCCAACUUUCCAAGCCAUCCAAGAAACUUGUGCUGCAGGGGCAGCGGCUAGCCAAGAUGGCAGAUAAACAAAUAAUACUAAAGGGCAAUUCAAGCUCUCGUUUUGACGAGAUUGAAGCUCCCAAAACGGAUAACGAGAUGCUAUUGGAGACUCCUCGUCCCAAGAUAGAAAGCUUUGGGACAAGGCAGCAAAAGGCGUUGAAGAGGCUGGAAAAGGUCAAUUUCCUUUUGGCUGGCAUGUCCAGAGGAGAGCCCCCUGUCAUUGAUGGCAUUUGGGGCUGGCAAGUCCACUGUCCUGCGCUCCGGGUGAGGAACUCAGGAACUCACGGCAUCCAGACUUGCAACUUUGCAAGACGCCCCCCUCGUGCAGCCCCCCCGAAACAGAGAGCGAUCCCGUUCCGCAGCGGCGCGCUAAGCUACCAGUGGUUGGCCCGGUCCCUCACCUUUUGCCUCCCCCCUGGCCCCCAAAAGUUGACUGGACUCCGUACGCUAGAAUUGAACGUUGGUCUGUGGUGGACCUCGAGGAGUGCUGAGGAUCGAUUAUUUGGGCGAAUACGGACGGGACUCGAGUAUUCUCAGCCACCGUUCGGGGAUCUACUUCCAGGUCCCAUUCAGUUCCCAGCACCCAACCCUGCAUCAUACCUUACGAGACCCAGACUGCAGCACCCGUAUCACAAGGUGUUCUUCAGCAGCACAGACGACACAGUCUACAGAUUUGCCUAG